AUGGAUCCCCAGGCUGCUCAGCGCAUAGGUCCCAAUGGACCUUUGCUGCUGCAGGACUUCCAUCUGAUCGACCUGCUGGCACACUUCGAUCGCGAGCGCAUCCCAGAGCGUGUGGUCCAUGCCAAAGGCGCUGGCGCCUAUGGUGAAUUCGAGGUCACCGAUGAUAUUAGCGAUAUUACCACCAUCGACAUGCUCAAGGGAGUCGGCAAGAAGACCAAGAUGCUCACUCGAUUUUCGACCGUUGGAGGUGAAAAGGGAUCCCCCGAUAGUGCGCGGGACCCCCGUGGAUUUGCCAUGAAGUUCUACACCGAGGAGGGUAACUGGGAUUGGGUGUUCAACAAUACCCCCAUUUUCUUCUUGCGCGACCCUGCCAAGUUCCCCAUCUUCAUCCACACCCAGAAGCGCAACCCACAGACCAACUUGAAGGAUGCAACCAUGUUCUGGGAUUAUCUGUCCACCCACCACGAAGCUGUCCACCAGCUGAUGCACCUGUUCAGUGAUCGUGGUACCCCCUACUCGUACCGUCACAUGAACGGCUACUCCGGCCACACUUACAAGUGGAUCAAGCCAGACGGCACCUUCAACUAUGUUCAAAUCCACUGCAAAACCGACCAGGGCAACAAGACUCUCAACAACGACGAAGCCACCAAGCUAUCCGCCGAGAACCCAGACUGGCACACCCAGGAUCUCUUCAACGCCAUCCAACGCGGCGAGAACCCCUCCUGGACCUGCUACGUGCAAACCCUCAGCCCCGAGCAAGCCGAGAAAUUCCGCUGGAACGUCUUCGACCUGACCAAAGUCUGGCCCCAAAAGGAGGUCCCCCUCCGCCGCUUCGGCCGAUUCACCCUCAACCAAAACCCGCAGAACUACUUCGCCGAAAUCGAACAAGCAGCCUUCUCCCCCUCCCACAUGGUCCCCGGCGUUGAACCCUCCGCCGACCCCGUCCUCCAAAGCCGCCUCUUCUCCUACCCAGACACCCAGCGCCAUCGCCUAGGCAGCAACUACGACCAAAUCCCCGUCAACUGCCCCCUCCAAGCCUUCAACCCCACCCACCGCGAUGGCCCCAUGACCGUCAACGGCAACUACGGCGCCAACCCCAAUUACCCAUCCACCUUCCGCCCGCUGGCCUACCAGCCCGUCCCGGCUAGCCAGGAACACGAGAAGUGGACCGGUGCCGUCCUCGCCGAGCAAUACCCUGUCACCUCUGAGGAUUACGUCCAGGCCAAUGACCUGUGGCAGGUCCUUGGUCGGACGCCUGGUCCACAGGAGAAUUUUGUCACUAAUAUCUCUGGCCAUCUUUGUGGCGCGGAGGAGCGUGUUCGCAGGGCUACGUAUGAUAUGUUCCGUCGCGUGAAUCCGGAUCUCGGUGCCCGGAUUCAGUCCGCCACUGAGGCGAAUGUGUCUGCGCCGUCGGCUCGUCUGUAG